UGCCUGGCUCGCUUGGCUCAAAGGUGCCGACCGCUCGGAGUCUCGGAGUCGCAAGUCGCAACUUAUGUAUAGCUGAAUUGUGGUAUAAUGGUAUAAUAUAAAGCUCGCGCCAUUCCCGUUCCCGACAUUCCUGUUCCUAUUUCGCCGCCAAAGAUAUAAUCGCGAUCGUCGGGGGGGUCGCCGACUCUCGCCGAUUCGAGGCGACCGGCGGGAACGUUCGCUCGCGGCAACGCUGGUUAAUGUGAUAUCUCACGUCCGCGACGCAGGUAUUCCCGGCUGGCGGACACGCCACGUCGCACGCGUCGAGUUUCGGUGAGUUUUGCACCUUUGCUCCGCGAUCUACGUCGCUCCCGGCUCCGUUCCGUAUCGUGAGACGACGUUCCCGCCGUAACCUUUCGUCGCCAUUGUAAACACCUCUACACGCACGCGGAAUUCACAAGAGCUCUUAUCACGAUUCGUCGGCAAUGUCUAACCCUGAGGAAGUGAACAGCUGCGUGCUAGACACGCAGGAGACCUAUUACGAAGGUGCCAACGAAAGCUUCAAAGUUAUCAACGAAACGCAAAGUAUGAGCUUGAAUGAGAGUCAAGAUUUUCACCUCGUUGAUUCCGGGGCAGACGAGAGCAUGGUGGAAGGGAUAAAGCAGACGCAGGAAGGAGAGGCUACGUGCCAGGAGUCGGUCGAGCAAAUGGAUUCGCAACAAAUCCCGGAAACAUCACGAUCAGAAGUGGAUAACAACGCGAUAACUACAAGCGACAAAGAGGACAAAACUGUCACGAAUGAAAAAGUAAUAGAAAACGAGCCUAUCGAAAAGACUGAAGGAAAGGCAUCUGGCGAGCUAUGCGAGUCAGAGAAGAAAGACGAGCUUCUUGAUGAGGACGAGAUCAUCCAAGGUACACCUCCUCAGAGUUACUCGCCAUCCAGAAAAGCAGGUAGCGUCAACGUUGCAAGUCUAAAGCGUAAAGCUAAGACUGUCGACGAACUACCUGCUAAGAUCGCUCGAAUAACAUCUGCAGAGGAUGCGACAAAUGUUAAGAAACAACUCGAGGAGGAGGAAAGUCAUCAGUUUUAUGAAUCUGACGAUUCGUAUCAGGAUUUGUUUAAAAACAUCGAAAAGAAUGUUAUAAUAGAGGAGACUCAAGAUCCAACCGACUUGGAGUUUACUCAGAACCCUCUGAAGAUUCCCACGGAGCAUGAGACAGAAACGACGGACAAUGAAAAGGCUCAGGAGCAUACUGAACAUACGAAUCAACAGCGGGACGAGACAUCCGAGAAAUGCGACGUGAAGAAAGAUGAGAAUCUGAAUGUUUCGGCAAACGUGACUGACACCAGCGCCAAUGACAGCACCGUAGUUAUUAUGAAUUCCACAAACGAAAAUGAUUCUCAGCUGGAUGACAACAAUCUGUCGGUCGAAACGAAAGGGGAUGUUGCUUCCACAAGCGUUGUGAUAGCCGACGAGAAAUCUGGGAUUGGAACGUUGGACGAGACGGAGUCUGUAAAGAAUACAGAAACGGUAUUGGAUGAAAAUAAUCAAGUGGAACAAUCGACGUGCACCGAACCCACUGAGAAGAUUGUUGACGACACGGACGAGAUCCCAUCUUCGCAGACCAAAUCACGAAUCAGCAUAGAAUUGAUAUAUGAGGGCACAAACCGAGCUGUUGACGAAGGCGAGAGUAGAUCGAAGCCGCAAGUGGUGCAGAUUGACGACGAUGGCGAAAAUAUUGUAUUGGACUCGUCAGCCGAGGUGACGUACGACGGUCAGAGCACGAAAAAAAAACCGGAGGUUGUUCAGAUCGACGACUCGCACGAGGAUGGUGAGAGGAUUGUUCUGGACUCUAUAGGGAAUAAUUUCCAGGUCCAGACUAUGGAAAAAAGCAGUUUUGAGAGCAAGAGUGGCGCUGAUUUCGGUUACAAUUCUGCGGAGAGCAUGAAGGAGUCAUCCCUGGACUCGAAAUUGACAGCGGACAAGAAGCUGGUGAACGGCAACGCUGAGGCCAAGAGGAGCGGCGAUACUGACGUGACCCUGAGCUUGGACUCUGAUACGUUCUCCGUAUGUGAUGAACAAAUUCUGCCUGCUUCAGUGAAAACUGUUCCCGAUAUGAAGAAGAUACACAGCGCCAAGGGUAGCUCUUUUGCGUCUAAGGACGUGGACAAUAUCGAACUCGUCAGUUUAAGCGACCACGAAACGUCUCAUGAGGAGAAGAACAAGUCCGAUCUGAUGUAUAACAGCACAGCUAAGACCGUGCAGGUAGAGCGGGAGAUCGGCGUGUACGUGAAGCUCAAGUGUCUGAUGCACGUGGACGAGAGCACGAAGGAGCCCGUGAGCAAGGAGUUGACCGCAGUGCAGUGCGAGCCCGUGAUAAUCGAGUCCAUGAUGAGGAGAGACAGCCAAUCCUCUCCGUUGGCAGAUAUCUCCGACAACAAGGAUUCGUCACCCGGUUCCGUGAACAGUAAUCCUCAGCUGUAUCAGCUGCAUCUGUCCCGAUUGUCCAUCAUGUCGUCGAUCAGCUCGUCCAGCUCGGCGUCCAGCGCUGCUUCUUUGGCAACGAAGAUCGCCUUGAAGGGUGCGCACUUUUUCACGAUGCCGGUGGGCCCAGCAAAGCACGCGAAGAAAUCCACCCAAGACCAGCUGACAACGGACAAACAGACGUUGGACGAGACUUACGAUCGCCUGACGCGCGAGUGGAAGAAUCAUCGCUUGCUCACAACGGCGGUCUUGAAUUACGCAAACGCAGAACUAGGCAAUAUUACGACACUGGGCAAUACCACUGCGGCCACAGCCACCGCGAUAGCUGAUACUUUCGCGAAUGUGAGCAACGAGCGGCUGGACGAUCAUCAUCACCUGGAAAAGAACAAUAUGCGCUCCUCAACGCCGUCAGGCGAGCCCAUGGCGAUUUCGAAGAUGGAACUAACUGUUACGCCGAAGAGCACGAAGAAAAACAAAACUGUGAAGAGACCGAGGAGCAAAAUGACGAGGCAGAUCAACGGUAAGAACGGUACUGAUAAUAUUCCAAACGAGCCGACUCUACACGCGUCCACCACGGAGACUGAGACAUCGCCGAGCAGAAAGAAGAGCAAGAUAGAGAGCACGCUGCUGGAGGACAAGCUGCUGAUAAAGAACGAGGACGUUCUGGCGAAUUCGUCGCCGCAAAGCGUUGUGGCCGACGAACUGAUCGGUAAAACCGUGUUCGCCAAAUGGUCGGACAAAAAUUACUAUCCCGGCACGGUGAGCGAUCGGCUGAAGACCAAGUACAAGGUGAACUUUUACGAUGGCCAGACCAAGACGCUCAUACCCGAAUUUGUGAUACCGAUACCAAAGAUUCUGAGGGAAGGUCUGUCCGUGUACGCGACCACAAACACCAAUAGUUACGAUUCCUGCGGCAUUAUCGUCAACGUUCAAACGUCGGACAACGAGACAUACUACACGGUGGAGACUGAUGAGGGCGAGCGACUGCGUGUGCAAAUGCACAACAUUUCCUUGUCCGCCGAUCAGGCACAAGUGCUUAAGGAGGAGGUGGAGUCCGCAGGUAACUGUUCCCUACCGAGCACGCCGAAAGCGCUCGGCCAGAUAACCCUGGAUAACGUGGUGGAGGGCAAACGACGCUCCAAGAGAAUCGGCACGCCACUCUUCUCGACACCCAAGUCCAGGAGCAACGCCGCUGGAACGAGCACUUCGGCCAGUAAAAUCAAAGCGGAACCCUCGGUGUCCGGCAUAUCCGCGAAACUGAAGAAGGAGAAAACGUUAUCGGAGAACGAGAGUAUGUCGAGCGACUCAAACGUUGCAUCGGCUCAGACGGAGGACGAGUAUGUUCUGAGAGGCGUGCAGAGGGAGAUAACCAACACGCCGUACGAGCAGAUGAAAGGACUGCAGAGUAAAAUCAAAGGCAAGGCACGUAGCAAGAAGAAGGUAGAUGAAAUGAAUGCGACCCUCGGUCCGAUUCCAACAAACCCCAACAUCUUUAAAGGCAUAUCAUUCGUCUUUACUUGCAUAGAUUCCCGUGAACUGCACAGAUUUCAGGAGAUGUCCGCUGCGUCGGGCACGAAAACGGAGGCCACCGAUCUCGAAACCGAGGAUGGCACCGAAAACGAGACCGAGACCGAAUGCGAGACCGAUUGGGGGAACCAACCUUUCGUGCGCACCAGACUGCGCAAUCAGAUUGUAGCGGGCGGCGGAAAAGUCUACGAAAACUUCGGACAGAUACCAAAGGAUGAGUACGAGAAGACGGUGCUCAUCACAAACGUGCCAAACUACACGGAAACGAGUAUAUUGUGUCUGUCGGUCGACAUUCCCGUGUGCAGUCACAAGUGGAUCACCAGAUGCUGUGCAGAGGAAAAGUUGGUGAGUAGGGCGGAAUAUGCUCUUCCAAAUGGUUGGAGUUGUCAGAAAAAAAAGUACGUAGAAAGAUACGAUAUAAAGUACAAAAAUAAACCAUUGUCAAACGUCGUCGUGAUAAUUCCUAGUCUGGCACACGACGGACAAUUUGCUACAUUCUGGCGACAAGUUUGCGAGAACGCGGGCGCGUUCACAGUUUUGAUCGCGGAGAACUCAGGGGCCAUGGAGGCGAUGGACUUUAAAGAUGCAGUGGUCGUGUCUAAUCGAAAAUGUCCGUCGUGGGCAAUAAACAGGGCGGCUCGAUUGAAAAUUCCAGUGCAGUCCACCAUGUGGGUGAUUCAGUCUAUAAUCGAGGGCAAGCGCUGCCCAUAUAACUUACAUCCGUGCUAUAAGUAUAAUUAUAUAUCAAAUUAGCAAGCUUUCGUUAGAAAGCUAUUGUUUUUACAAUCGUGAGUACGUCGCCUAUGAUCAAUGUGGCUACUAGAAUAUAUAUUUUUUUUGUUUUCCGAGUCCUGUUCUCAAUAUGCUAGCAUUACGCGACAUAUUGUCUUGUUUCCAUUGUAUUUUCUCCAGACAGAUUCCCAAUUAUCCUGCCUCUGUUACGUUUGUACGUUCGAUAUGACUGAUAACGUAAAUUAUGCAUUUUGAUAUGGCGAUUUAUCCUCGCGCGAUCACUACGCGUAUGCAACAAUCUCGACAUUCGUUUUACAUGCUGCUUCUCGCGCAAGGAUACAUGCGUAACGAUUUACACUUUUGUAAGAUUUUGUGUAAAAAUGGACAUGCGCGGGUACCGCAGAUCAAUUUUAUACACGAACGUGAAUCCUUGUGUAGAAAGCGAUAUCUUUAAGAGAUUAACAUUUUUGCGAUAACUCGUGAUCCGCGGGGAAUCGCGUUUAUACCUCGAUAAGGGACGCAAGAUUUAUUUCAACGCGAUCGAUAUAUUCAAAGAAACGAUGAGAUUUCAUAUCAAAUAUGUUCUGCUUUCGAUCGAUUUUUUAUAAAUGAACACAUCUACUUUAAUCGCCUACUGUAAUCAGGUCUAAUUGGUUUAACGAUAUUAAGGCCCCUUUUUUCUCACCAUGUGGAAUUGUAUCAGAAACUAGAAAUAACGUGAUUUUUUUUUCCUCGUAAUGAUUAGAUUAUUAGAUUCAAGAUAAAUUGAUUUUUUCGUGCCUAUUUAAUAAUGUAUUCACACACAUUUCUUUCAGAAAUCUAAGACAUUUCUGCACAUGAUAAGCAAGUGCAUAUGAAAACUAAUUUAUUUCAAAUAUAAACGAAGCUUAAACGUAUAUAAAACGAUAUUUACAUGAUCUCCAACUUCUGAUCUCUUAUAAUUCAUUACCACUACAGCGAGAGGAAACGGGAGCCUUAAGAGAAUAUUAUUACGAAAGAUACAGAGCAAAAAGUACAUUGAUGCACAAUUGACGUUAGCAACGCAGUUGGCAAAACUCACAGUUUUAUUAAGGUGAAUUACCAACUAAGUAGAUGUGUUUUUGUACGUGCAUAUAUGUGAAGAGACGCGUUGUAUAUAAGUAAAUAUAUACUAUACAAAUUUUAUUAUACAUAUAUAUUAAUAAGUUAUAGCUAUUAUGUACAAUAAUGUCCGGGGAUAAAAUAUAGCAACAUAUUUUUUGGCAAA